AUGUUGGCUUCCUCCCCUUCGCCGUCUACCACCGCUCUGCGUUCCCCACGACCGCAGGCGGGCCAUUAUGAUCCCCCGGCUCCACAGUUCAAUAGUCCUCGCUCCUCACGCUUGGCCAUUGAGGAGUUGCGGACCGCGUUGAAUCGACAUACCGUCGAUCCCAACUCUCCUGAAUCUCCUGCAGACCGUCACCGCAGGCGCGCUUCUGUUUCCGCCACUGCCACUGCGUCUGCGUCUACCCAUACCUAUGCCUCCGCGUCUACAUCUGCUUCCGCCGAUUCCUCUAUUGUCCCCAGCAGCUCCGCAGAUACUGUGACUGUCUCCGAUUCUAUGAUUCCUCCUCCCCCACCCCCUACUGCGUCCUCCGCCGCGGUCCCCGUGAAUCCCCCUUCCAAUCCCUCCGAUCCGAAGGUCUCGAUGCCCGCCCCAGACGGUUCGGGGUCCAAUAAGCGCAACAGCCAGAAUGAUCACCACUCGUCAGAUGGUGCCCCGGCGGGCGCUGGUGAUCCUGAGGGGCAAGUGUCGCAGUCUAAGCGCCUGCGCCCCGCCGAAUCGGAGGCAAAAGUCUUGCCUGCUCAAUAUGAGCACGCCGACCCCCGCGACCUGGUGGUGCUGAUCUCCAGCAUGCUGAUGGAAUUGAUCCGAUUCAACGACAAAAUUCCCCUCAAUGAAGGCCGACUAACGCGCUUCCACUCUCGAUCUCCACCCCGAAUCUCCGUGCAGGAUUACCUACAACGUCUCACCACCCACGCCACCCUCUCCCCUCCGAUCCUCCUCGCCAUGGUCUACUACAUUGACCGUCUCUGUGCGCUAUACCCAGCAUUCACCGUCUCCAGUCUCACUAUCCAUCGUUUCCUGAUCGCCAGUGCAACCGUUGCCAGCAAAGGGCUCAGCGACAGUUUUUGGACGAACAAGACAUAUGCCCGUGUGGGUGGUAUCGGCAUGACCGAGUUGGCCAUGCUGGAAUUGGAAUUCCUAUUCCGUGUGCAAUGGCGCAUCGUUCCACAGCCAGAGGUCUUGGUGGAUUACUAUCAAAGCCUGAUCGAACGAUGCGAUGGCUUCGAAAUCGAACGCCCUAGUGGCGACGAUUCUUCUGUCGCAGCGACGACACCCAACACCAACACCAAUACCAACACCCCUUCUGCAUAG